AUGCACGCCCUUUCAGCUCUCUCGGGACUCCUCCUACUGGCCUCCGGAGCCAUGGGCCUAGCCUGCAACGACGACACCGUCUACUGCGGCCACACAUUGAUGGACAUGGGCUGGUCCCGCGAUGAGAUCUGGCGACAGCUCAAGCCCAACGGCCUCCCAGACAGCAUGUCCAAGGCCAAGGUGGACCAGACGCUCUUCAUCUGCGAGGACCGCUGGUACUGGACCAACGCCGACCUGCACUACAAGGACUACUGCCUGCGCGGCUGCCAGAACCGCGGCUCUGGCAAGGACGACGCCUGCUGGGCGGCGACCCUGCGGACGGCCGGCAACGGGACCGUCGAGGCGGGGAACGGCACCGUCGGGGCCGGGAACGACGCCAACAAGACUGCUGCGGCUGCGGCGAAGAAGCGCGCAGCGGUCCUGCUGCCUUGA